UUAACGGGCAAUUACAUGUCCAAAUCGCCCCCUGACCUAGCGUUGCAACGAAGUGCCCCUAAAUAGUCACAUCAAAUAAGGUUCACAAAGUGCACUCGCUUAUGUUGCAAACUGAUGAUGGGCGGCCUGUUUGGCUGAGCUGGCGCGGACACUGCACUCCCGUUGCAUCCGGCUUAUCAGACGGUUAUCUUAGGGUUCUGUAGCCUCAGGAAUGUUGAGGCAGGGUCAGGCCGGCACAGGAGCAGCGAGGCAGGAGCGGCAAAGUUUGCACGGGGCCUUGAGGAGAGGCGUUGUGGGCCGCAGUGGAUUGAGGCCUGAUGCUAUAGAAAUAAUACCCCUGGCCGGGCUACGGCCUCGCCAGCACUGCACACGCCCAGCUGGCGACCUGCGUGCGCUGGCUCAGGUGCCGGGCCACCCCGACGUCGGGGACUCCUCACAGCUCCCACCUGCCGACAGCGAGGCCGCUCGGCGCGGUCUUGCAACCAUGGUCCAGCUGGCCAGCGCCUGGGCCGAGGUGUCCAGUCGGCUGUCAGCGGCCGGGUCGCUAGACACCGCUGACGCCGUCGCGGCCACGGCGGCCACCAUCCACCAGCCACGACAGCCGCACCCACAGCAACAGCAGCAACAGCAGCAACAGCCACAACAGCAACCGCUGCAGCUUGGGAGCGGAGCUAGCAGCAGCGGCAAUGCAGCAGCAGCAGCCGCAAGCGGGAGCGGGAAUGUCGGCAGCGGCGGCGGGGCCGGGCAGCCCGCGCAGCCGUACGCCACGCUGGCGGCGGGUCGGCCGGCCACCUACAUCCCGCCCUCCCCGCCGUCCAGCUCGGGCUCGACCGCCGCCGCCUCCAGGUUCAGCCCCGACGGCAACAGUGCCGGCAGCCUGCCGCGGCCCGACUCGCUCGCGCCCUCCCCCUGGGCCCCCGCCUCCUCCUCCGGCCGCCCCUUCACCAGCCUGCCCGCCGCCUCCACCCAGCUACAGCCCUACGUCCCACCCGGCCAACAACCACCCGGCGCACAACCUCAAUCCCCACAGCAGCAGCAGCACUUUGAGGCCAUCAUCACCGCCCUCAAACUGGCGCUGUCCUCGCUGCAAGCCUCGCCGCCGCGCCGCGACGGCCGGUCGCCGGCCACCCGCGCCGUGCAGCUGGCCUCCACGCUGGCAGACCUGUGCGCGGCGGGGCUGCCGCUGGAUGCCUUUGCGAUGUGCGCGGGCGUGGUGGCGGAGGCGGCGGACGUGGGCGCGCUGCGGGCGGACGUGAUCCGGGCGCAGCUGGGCCCCAGUGUGGCGGCGCUGGUGCACGACAUGUUGCGGGUGCGGCAGGCGCCGAGGCGCAUUGAGCUGCUAGACGACGAGGGAGCCAGUGCGGUGCGGGAGUGGUGCCUGGCGUUCCACGACGUGCGCGCCUGUGCGGUGGAGGUGGUGUGCUGGUGGGACGAGCUGCAGCACAUGGGCGGACUGCCGCAGUACGAGCAGCAGGCGCUGGCGCUGGAGGCUCUUCAGAUCGCUGCGCCCAUGGGUCACGCGCUGGGGCUGGGGCCGCUGAGUGCGCUGAUGGAGGACAUGUGCCUCAAGGUGCUGUUCCCUGACUCGUACGCCUCCACCGCCUCCUGGCUGCGCGGCCUGAUGGACCCGGCGGAGGACGCGCUGUUCGCGGCGCAGCAGCAGCUGCUGGCGGCGCUGGACCGCCACCCCGCCUUCGACCGGCUGGCGGGCGGGCUGGUGGUCAAGGCACGCACCAAGUCGCUGUUCAGUGUGAUGAAGAAGCUGCUGCACCUGGGGGACCUGUCCCGCGGAGGCCGCAGCAGGGAGGAGCUGUAUGACCUGCUGGGCAUGCGCGCCAUCGUGCAGCCCGUGGACUUCCUGCCGCCCGCCGAGGCCGAGGCGGCGGCAGCCAAGGCCUGCUACAUCGUGCAGGACGUUGCCUCCACGCUGUGGCGGCCCAUCCCCUCCCGCUCCAAGGACUACAUCACGGCGCCCAAGACCAACGGCUACCAGUCCAUCCACCUCACACUGCAGCUGGGGCAGCUGGGCGUGGAGCAGCAGGAGCAGCACCAGCAGCAGCAGCAGCACGAGCAGGCGGGAAGCUCGGCGGCAGUGGCGGGUGCAGGCGCGACCACCGCAGGCAGCACCGGCAGCACGUCUUCGGACUCCCUGUCAUCCUUGGACACGCCCGCGCUCGUGUACGCCGGCAGGAGCGGCAGCAGCAGCAGCAGCAGCAGUGCCAGCAGCACCGCGACCGCCGCACACUACCCCUACACCUACUCCUCCGCCCCCUACUCCUCUUACUCCGACUCCCCUUCCGACUCCUCCUCUUCCUCCUCCUCCGCCUCCUCCUCCGCCUCCUCCGCUUCCUCGGAGGAGCUGGUCGGACCGCUGUGCCUGGAGCUGCAGAUCCGCACCGCAGCCAUGGACCGGGCCGCCGAGUCGGGCGACGCCGCACACGCGGUGUACAAGGGCGGGCUGGACGCGCGCACGGCGCGGCAGCUGCAGGCCUGGACGCAGGAGCUGCGCACGCGGCUGUCUGCACAGCCGCGCGGCCGGCUGCUGCUGCGGGCGGCGUCCUCAGGCCUGGGUGCGGAGGACGCCAGGGCCGCAGCGGAGCGCCGCCGCAAGAGGAAGGAGCGCCGCGCGGCGGCCGCGGCGGCGGCGGCAGCGGCGGCGGCCGCUUCAGCAGCAGUCGCCGCGGUGGUGUCGUCCGCGACGUCUGGCGGUGGGAGUGCUGCUCUGGACGCGCUCUCAGCACCGACACCAGCAGCAGCGGCGCCGCCACUCCCAACAAGCAGCACAGCCGCAAGCGAGGUGUCUCGCGCGGCUGCCGCUGCGCUGGGCCCCACGGCACACGUGCACCCUCUCGCAGCAGCAGCAGCAGCAGCACGUCCAUCGGCAACAUCCAGCGCGGAAGCACACUUGCCGGCAGCACCCGCUGCCGCUGCUGCUGUUGCUGCUGCCAGCGGAAGCAAGGCCGGCUCCGGCGGGAGCUCCGGGCGAGGGACGACGCCCAAGCUGAUGGCGCCGCCGCCACGCCGCAGCGCGCCCGGCUCCUUGUCCUCGCCGCCCGUCCUGCUUCCAAAACCCUCCGCACAGCGAACCACCCUCCCUGCAUCAGCACAGCCCUCCCCAUCCACCCCCGCGCACGCGGUCGCUGCGGAUACGGCGCCCGCAGCCGCGCUGCCGCACCACCUAGCACCCGCGACACCGCACAGCAGCAGCCCUGCCGCUGCUGCUGCCGACGCAAGCACUGCUACUGCCGACAACAACACCUCUUCACAUGCGGCAGGCUCUGCUUCAGCCUCGGCCGCUGCCUCUGCUACAGCCUCGGCCGCCGCCAACGCGCUGCUGUUCUCCAGCGUGGCCUCUGUGGACGAGGCCGACGACGCGGGGCUGCUGCAGCCGCUGGUGAUCGGGCUGCCGCACCGGGACGCGGCGGCGGCGGCGGAGCAGCUGUUCCGGCACCUGGACGUGAACGGCGACGGACGGCUCAGCCUGGGGGAGGUGCGGCAGGUGCUUGCGGACCUGGCGGCGCCUGCCUCCGACCGCGACGCGGCGGCGCUGAUGGCGGCGCUGGACGCCAACGGCGACGGCGGCGUCAGCAUGGACGAGUUCAUGGCGGGCAUCCGGGCGGCGCAGGCGGCGGAGGCGGCGGCGCUGGAGGCGGCGGCGCGGGAGCGCGAGCGCGCGGAGGAGGAGGGGCGGCGGCGGGAGGCGGCGGCGCGGCUGCAGCGGCUGCCGGCGCAUCCCUGGCAGCACCCGCAGAACUGAAGUGCAUAGCAGCGCUGAGUGGUGGCGUGUUGCGUGGGGACGGAGGGCGGGAUACGUUGGUGUUGGCGCGUGAGGGGUGAGUGCGCGUGCGGGGGGCAGUUGUGGAGGAGUGGUGUGGAGGAUGGGAAGGGAGCUGUACCAUAACUAACUGUAGCCAAUGUCGCCAGGGCGUCUGGUGCAUGGUGCGAGUGAAGCGUGUGAUAAGUACUAGGUUGCUCGAGGUGUACGUUGCAGGAUGUGUGAGGAGGCGAGAUGAUGUUGUUGUGAGCGUCCGUGUGGUUUUAUCUCUGACCCGGGAAGCGCGCGUGUGUGCUUGUGCGCGUGUGUUUUGCGUGCGUGAUGAGCGGAGGCGGGGUUUGAACAAGAAAAGGUGGCUCUCCCUCGCAAGGGAAAAGCGGGCUGAGCCCACGCCACGUCCUCCGUCUGAGGCCGAAGGUUCCGAUACUAG